UUGUAAUCUCUUUACAAGGUUCGCAUAUGCUGCGGCAAAAUACCUCCGAUACACCCACAUUACCGUCUACCAACUCUUAAUUUUCCGUACGAAUCGCGAAUUCUCCUCCCGCCAUACUCUCUCUGCAACGUUCCUUCUCUUGCCGAGAAAACAGAAAAGAAAGAAAAGAAAAUCCAAUAGAAAUUACGUGACCACCAAGCUAUGCUCCGUCUCUGCUUGAGGCCCCGACAGUAUUAUCGCUGCCCUCGCCGUUGUCCUUUCUCCUCUUCCUCCUCUGACAACCCCAUUUUACCCCCGAACGACCUCCGAAAUCCCCAACAUACCCCUCCCCAAUUGUCAUCUCCACCGCCUCCAACAAUCCUCCACCAAAACCACCUCUCCACAGUCACCUCGUCCUCUCGUUAUCGCAACUCCAUUAUUGUCGCUUCCGCCACCGUCUUAUCAGCAAUUGUUGCCUCAAUCGCCAUUCUCUCCUCUGACAACCAUCACGACUAUGACCGGCGUUCAAGGGGAACCCACAACCCUAGCCCUCUUUACGGGGCUAUUGAGGAAGCCAUCCAUAAAUCAAACGACUCUUUCCGACGGAUAUUCUUCCACAUCAAGCAGACCGGGGUUGCCGCCUCCGUUCUGUGGCAGUCUUUACGGUCCGUGCUGUCUUCGGCAAACCAUGAGGUACGCGCGGGGUUCGAGCUGAGGGUGGCGUCACUACUUGCAGACAUUGCGGCCGCUAAUGAGAGCCGCAGGGCCGCACUGGUUGGGGCAGGUGGCGGGGCCGUGGUAGACUGGUUGCUGGAAACAGUGGCGGUUCCCAGGGCCAGGGACGGAGGUGGAACCCAGGCCGAGUCCGCAAGGGCAUUGGCUUACUUGAUUGCGGAUCCUAAUGUAUCCUCCUCGGUGCUUGGGAGGCCCCAUGCUGUGCCGAAUCUAUUGAGGUUUAUAUUUUCCUGCCAGCCUCAGCAGUCCAAGAAGCAUUCAAGACGUAGUUCAUUCGAUAUUUCUGAGUCUUUGAAAGGUAGGAGCAUGCUCGUGGCGGCCAUUAUGGAUAUUGUCACAUCAAACUGUGAUCGUUUAGAAAAAGUAUCUUUCAACACAUCGCUGCCAGGAACUGCUGAAACAAGGGAUAUCGCAGCGGCCAUUGAAGUCAUUGAGGAUGGUGCCAUGCAUUUUGAUGAUUCACGUGAAGAUGAAGGUGAUGACGAUGGUGGAAAAGGAAUUAAAGGUAUUGGAAUCAAAAUCAUUGAAGGUGCAACUGUUUUGGGGCUCUCAAGGAAUAGUGGGGUUAUGAAGCUGGAGCAUGAUGCUGAUAAUGUAGAGUCAGUCAGCCAAACUUCUAAAACUAUUGCAUUGCUUAACAAGCAUGAUAUCUCAGCAUCACAAGCCAAUCUUUCCUCUGCUGUGGUGCCUGGUCUUUGGGAUGAUUUGCAUUGUCAACAUGUCGCUGUGCCCUUUGCAGCAUGGGCAUUGGCCAAUUGGGCAAUGGCAUCAGAGGUCAAUAGAUUUCGUAUUCAAGAACUAGAUCAAGACGGAUAUGCUGUGACAACUGCUCUAAUGGCACCAGAGAGAUCUGUGAAAUGGCAUGGGAGUUUGGUGGCUCGUUUGCUAUUGGAGGAUCAUAAUUUGCCUUUAAAUGAUUCUGUUUCUGAUUGGAGUUCGACUCUCCUUUCUACUGUUUCACAGGCUAGUAAGAAUGAAGACAUCCCUUUAGCUCAUGUAGCCUUGUCUGCCUUUUUGCUUUCUGUUGAGAGAAGUCCUGAGGCACAAAAGAUAGUAAUGGAGAAGGGCCUUCACUUGAUGAGAGACAUUGCCAAGCAGACGACAAAGCAUAAGCAAGUGCAAGAAGCUUUGGCAAAGGCUUUAGAAUUGCUUUCUACUGGAAACAUGCAUCUAUCUCUUGAAGAAUGUCAAAAGUGGUCUGGCAUUCUGCUUUCUUGGGUUUUUGGAAAAUCUUCCUCGGAUAUGAUUCGUUCCUCGGCCACAAGGAUUCUUUCAUGCAUUCUUGAAGACUACGGACCAUUAUCGCUACCAAUUUCUCAGGGAUGGUUAGCUAUUUUGCUAACUGAGAUUCUUCGUUACAACAAGGCAGUAUCGGUGAAAGGAAGCCCCCAGUCUAAAAGUAACAAUGUGAAGACUCAGGUUGAUCAGUCAAACAUUCUUAUGGCUAUGCAGACUGCUAAUCAACUAGCAAGUGUGGUCGUUGAUCUGGCAGGAAAUCAGUAUAGAACUGUCAUUGACUCUGUUGAUUCAUUUCCGCUUGUCGAUUUACUUUCACUGGAACCAUUUUCUCAGCCAUUUAAAAAUUUAAAGAAGGAUAGCGUGCCUAAAAUCAGUGCUGCUGAUUCUGCACUUGCUUCUCUAAAGGGGAUCAAAGCACUGACUGAAGUUUGUGCUGAAGAUUCUGUUUGUCAGGAAAAAAUAGCUGACCUUGGGGUCUUGUGUUUGCUAAGGCGCUUUCUGUUAUGUGAUGAUUAUGAGAAGUUGGCUGCAAUAGAGGCUUAUGAUGCAUCACGAGCGCCAGAGACAAAGGAACGGGUUUCAAAUGUUCCUGUUGAAUCAUCUACUUCAGAUAAUAAUGAUUCAUCAAGUGUUCGAGUUCCACCAACUGCUCACAUACGUAGGCAUGCUGCUCGGCUGCUAACUAUCCUCUCAAUCCUUCCAAAAGUUCAGAAGCUUAUAGUAGCUGAUAAAACUUGGUGUAAAUGGCUAGAGGAUUGUGCUGACGGGAAAAUCUGCCGUGACCUUAAAAUACAAAGUUAUGCUAGAGCAACACUGGUAAAUGUCUUUUGUGGUCAUAACAAUGGAAAUACCAAUUUAAACAAUGAUGAUCCAGAUGCUGGUACUUCAGAAAGAAAUCGUGUUUGUCCUCGUUUUGAUGACAUGAUUUUUUUAAUUAACCCUGAACUGCCUCAUUGGAAACAUUGCCAAAAAAUGCCAGAAGAAGAAGACCAUAGUGAUAACUCAUGUGUGGAUGGAGGUGAUCAUGUUGACUGUGACAGUGCAACCACAGUAGAAACUUUAAAUGUGGAUAACUUGUCUAGUUCUACCAAUUUACCACAGAGCAAUUCACAUUCUGAGGUUCCUCAACUAGAUGUUGUCUUUGUACAUGGCCUGCGUGGUGGACCUUAUAAGACUUGGCGCAUGGCUGAGGACAAAUCCUCAACAAAGUCUGGCUUGGUGGAGAAAAUUGAUCAGGAAGCAGGGAAGCAAGGAACAUUCUGGCCAGGUGAAUGGCUUUCAGCUGAUUUUCCUCCAGCUCGCAUGUUUAGUCUUAAAUACAAGACAAAUCUCACACAAUGGUCUGGAGCUAGCUUGCCUCUUCAGGAAGUCAGCUCCAUGCUGCUACAAAAGCUUGUUGCUGCAGGCAUUGGGGAUCGACCUGUUGUAUUCAUAACUCACAGCAUGGGUGGUCUGGUUGUCAAGCAAAUGCUGUAUAAAGCGAAGGCAGAAAACAUUGAUAACCUCGUGAACAAUACCAUUGGCGUUGUGUUCUAUAGCUGCCCUCAUUUUGGAAGUAAACUUGCAGACAUGCCUUGGCGAAUGGGCCUUGUAUUUCGCCCAGCCCCAUCUAUAGGGGAGCUUAGAAGUGGUUCUCCAAGACUCAUACAGCUUAACGACUUUCUUCGUCAUCUUCAUAAGAAGGGUAUGCUUGAAGUCCUUAGUUUUUGUGAGACCAAGGUUACCCCAAUAGUUGAAGGUUAUGGAGGAUGGGCAUUUAGGAUGGAGAUAGUUCCAAUUGAAUCAGCAUAUCCUGGAUAUGGUGAACUUGUUGUGUUGGAGUCAACAGAUCAUGUAAAUUCUUGUAAACCUCUCGGCCGCAGUGAUCCUUCUUACAAAGAGACGCUAGAAUUCUUGCACAAGCUGAAAGCUCACUAUACAUUAUAAUUUUUGUAGAAGAGAAUUUAUUGAAGCACCAAGAAGGUGCAAAUAGGAACUACAGGAAGAACAUUUCUCCUGUUAACUCUGCGAGUAUGUUGGAGCAAAAGAAACAGUCCUCACUUUUCAUUCAGUGAAAAGUGUGGCAUGAGUCUACCCAGAACAAGCUCUGGUGCGUGCAAUUGCAUUUUGAUAGCAAGCCAACCGGGGCAUGUGGAUGUGGAUUUGCUUAUAUCUUUAGAUGAAGCUUUUGAGACACUAAUCUAAAGAUGCAAUUCGUGUUGGACCAGGUAAUUUUUUCUUCCCUAAAUUUAAUUUUUUUUGUAUUUUCUCAAGUUGCUUGUAAUCUCGAAUGUACAUUGACCUUCUUUCUAGGGUAGGAAUGUUGUAUCAUACAUUACAAUAAAGAAAUACGGAGCAGAUGGAAUGAAAGAUUAACGGUAGAUUGUAA